AGGCGCAACAAUAGUAAAAUAUAAGAGCGGCAUGCCGGACAGAUAAGUGGAGCACUAAGCCCCGGAUGAUUUACGGAGCAACGUCAAGUUCAGAUAAGGAGACGCCCCGGGCGGGAACUAUAUUUAAGUACAAUCCAGGCCAGGGCCCGCAAGUUCGCCACCAGCAUCCGUGAAAUGUGAACCGGUUAGAUCGGUCGAAACAUCCAACAAGCGCAUCACUCCGGUACUGCACGAUCCACAUUACUACGGACGAGAUGUCCACCACCACCACCACCUCCACCACAACCAUGGCCAGUGCUGUGUCCAGCGCUUCGCAGGACCUGCGGUUUGGUCUCACGGACUACUUCGUCUUUAUCAUCAUGCUGGGCGCGUCUGCGGGCAUUGGGGUGUACUUCGGAUUCUUCUCCAGGUCCAAGAACACUACGGAGGAGUAUCUUCGCGGCGGGAAGAAGAUGCAGACCCUGCCCAUAGCGAUAUCUCUGGUAGCCAGCCAGCUGUCCGGCAUCGCCAUCAUGUCCAUUCCGGCGGAAAGUUACACCUAUGGAUUCAACUAUAUAUUCGUGGUCCUAGCCAUGCUGGUUGUGAUUCCUAUUUUAAUCUACGUAAUUGUUCCUGUCUUCUAUGAAAAUAAUGUUUCUAAUUGUUAUGAGUACCUCGAGAUGAGAUUCAAUAAGCGAACGCGGCAGUUGGUAACCUUCUUUUUCGUGACAAACUCGUUCCUGAUGUUACCCGUCUAUAUGUUUAUUCCAUCGCUCGCUUUUGCCCAGGUUACUGGCAUGAACAUCCACUUGAUCAACGUAAUGGUGUCCUCCAUCUGCAUCUUCUACACGAUGCUGGGUGGGAUCAAGGCGGUGGUCUGGACCGACGUGGUGCAGGGUGGCAUUAUGCUACUCUCUGUGGUUGCUGUCGGAGUUCUGGGCACAAUCCGAUCGGGAGGCAUAUCCACUGUUAUGGAACGCGCCUCGGAAGGCGGACGAUUCAACUUUGACUUUGGCUUGGAUCCUCGUAUACGGAUGACUUUCUGGGGCGCCACCAUGGGCGGGAUCUUCAUGUGGACGGGUCACAUUGGCCUGAACCAGAGCUGUGUGCAGCGCAUCGUCUCCCUGCCUUCGUACUCCCAUGCUAAAAAAUCAUUGAUCGUUUCUGGCCUAGGAUUUCUUAUUAUAAGUUUCUUCAACACUAUCUCUGGAAUCAUUAUGUUUGCCCGCUACUAUGGAUGCGAUCCAAUGCUAGCUGGUCUGGUGAGCAAGCCGGACAAGAUGAUGCCAUUCUUUGUGCAGGACAUCAUGGGACACCUGGCCGGAAUGCCUGGCGUCUUCAUCUCCUGUGUGUUCAGUGCCGCCCUCAGCUCGCUUUCUGCCACGCUGAACUCCCUGGCCGGAGUGGUUUACUUCGACUACAUAAAGCCCCGAAUUCGGCACACGGAGGCCAGAGCCAACUGGACCAUGAAACUGAUUGUGGUGGUAAUGGGGGGCUACUGCAUCCUGGGCGGCUUCAUGGUGCAGAACUUCAACUCGAUCCUGCAAACGGUGGUCACCAUAACGGGCAUAAAUACGGGCGCAGUGGUGGGUGUGUUCCUCUUGGGAAUGUUUGUGCCGCGCUGCAAUGGCAAAACGGCUGUCACAAGCAUUAUCGUCAGCGUGGUCGCCAUGGUGUGGAUUAUCGCCAAUGGCCAGAUGAACUUAAAGUCCGGACUGAUUAAGUACGAGGUGCUGCCCAACUCACUGGAUCAGUGUGAGGCCAGAGGUCUUCACAUGAUUGCGGAGGCUAUCAACCAGACUGACUUCACCCCUGUCACGAUGAAACCUCCUUCUGGCGCACCAGUGACCACCGCCUUCCACAGCGAUCGGGACUUUUCUCUGUACGACAUCUCGUUCUAUUGGUACAAGGUUCUGGGUACCGCUCUAGUCUUUCUAUGUGCUAUCCCAUUGAGCUACAUCUGGCGACCCGACGAGAACGAGAAACAGAAUCCAAAGUUGUACUCGCCCUUCGUGCGAAAGUUCCUCUCCCUGCCCGUUAAGGAUCAGGAACUGGAGGAGGUGCCACUUCGAGGAUCCAAGGUCGGGGAGACUCCCGACCUCCGCAUAGAUCCUACCGAAAAGGAAAAACCAACUGUCACCGAGCCCUGAUUCUUGUUAAAUGUGUUUUAUAUUCAUAGGCUUAGAAUGAUAAAUAAAAACAAAAUCGAAAGAAA